ACACACACAAAAAAAAAUGUCAGAAAGCAAAGAGCUUGUGAUCGCAAGUAGCCCUGACUUUAUUCAGGAGCUUCUUCCAUCUGCUCAGCGUACGGCUUUGCUCUACCAUCUCUCUUACCUGUGUUUGGCUAAGUUCCCCAAGUUGGAGAGGGAACUCCGAGAGCGUGCUAUUGAAACCCAGCUUCUCUUUGGGUCAUCUGAAGCUCUUCUGCUGAAGUGUGCUGCCACAAGUAAAAACCUGGUUUCCACACUGUUGCCUGCACUGAAGGCUGCUGUUGAAAAGAAUAAAAGCAUUUUGGCCAUCAAGUCCCUGGAAAAAGCAAGAGCAUGGAUCACUGAUAUUGUUGAAAAAGUGGAACAGAUGGUGGAGAGAUAUGACAAACACAACCAGAGUGUGGCUUCAUGCACCAGUGAUGUGAUUAAUGAAAAGGCUGAGACAGAAAAAAAUUUAGCACAAGCUAAUAAGGAGAUAGAUGCUCUGGAGAAGGCAGUGAUUGAUCUCAACCAGGAAUUGUGGAAAAACAAUCAGGAAAUUGGACGAAUUGACGGAAGGAUUGCACAGAAAAACAAUGAGCUGCAGAGUCAUAUCAGAGAGUCUUCUAACAAAAACAACGGUCUGUGUAUCAUGGCUAUCCUGAUACCAUUUGUUGGACCCUUAAUUAAAUCCAUUCAUGAUGCUCAAGCUGGCCAAGCUGUGGCUGCAAAAACCCAGGCUAUCUCCAGUGAGUUGUCUCAACUUUCCAAUGAGAAGUCCAACCUGAGAAACAAGGAGUGGAACAUCCAUGUCAGGUUGACUGAUAUGCAGCUGAAGUUGGCAAGCAUGAAAUUAGAAAAGGGUUCAAUACCCGACCCUGUCCAUCUGAAUGAUGUCCAAACCUGCCUCACCCGAAUCCAACAGAUUCUGAUUCAGCUUAAGAAGUUCUGGGAAACAGUGAGUGUAAUGCUGGAGGCUCUCAAAGACGAGACUUUUGCUAAUGAGCACUUCAUUGAGGAGUGUGAAAUGAAAGAGAUCUUUCUGCAAUCUAUCACUACAGCACAACGGCAUUGGAAGGACUUCGGUGAGUCCUGUCUGAAUGCCAAGGGCAUCUUUAGCUUGCAGACGAAGGAUGCGUAUAAGUUCCUGGAGACCAGCCCAUCUUCACUGUCACCAGAGGAAUGGAAAAGACAGUAUGACUCUGUCAUUGUGCAGCUGAACAAAAUAUGUCCUGAUCCCUGCACUCCCCAAGCGAAAGCUGCCAUUGCUCAGUAA